AUGGCAGAGUCUGCUUUGAGCCUCGUUGCCAUGAAAAUGGAGCUCAAGAACUCUACAAUCCUCACUUUCCUUCUUCUCUUCUUGCUUGCCACACCUUGUUUUUCUAGAGUAGGUGGAUCAGAUGUAGUGGGUACUGAGGUUUAUGAGAUUGAUUAUAGAGGUCCAGAGACCCACUCAUCAAUCCCACCACCUGAUCACUCUCAUGGGAAGCCAUUGAUCCACAAAGAAAGUGCCAUGGCAAGUCCUAAACCUAAGAGCUCUAGGGCUUCUAGCAUGGGAAGAAAGGCCAAGCAAAUGCAUGGAUGA